GAGGGGGGGAGCCCGGGGGGGGAGCGACCGAGACCGACCCGGCGGCGGCUGCUGCAGCGCAGGAGCCAUGAAGACCCCUGCGGACGCAGGCUUCGCCUUCCCCGACUGGGCCUACAAGCCCGAGUCGAGCCCCGGCUCGCGGCAGAUCCAGCUGUGGCACUUCAUCCUGGAGCUGCUGCGCAAGGAGGAGUAUCACGACGUGAUCGCCUGGCAGGGCGACUACGGCGAGUUCGUCAUCAAGGACCCCGACGAGGUGGCGCGGCUGUGGGGCGUCCGCAAGUGCAAGCCCCAGAUGAACUACGACAAGCUGAGCCGGGCGCUGAGGUACUACUACAACAAGCGGAUCCUGCACAAAACCAAAGGGAAACGAUUCACCUACAAGUUCAACUUCAACAAGUUGGUGCUGGUGAACUACCCCUUCAUCGACAUGGGCCUGGCAGGCGGCCCCGUGCCCCAGAGCGCCCCGCCGGUGCCCUCGGGCGGCUCCCACUUCCGCUUCCCGCCCUCCACGCCGGACGUGCUCUCGCCCGGGGCGGAGGAGCUGCGCUCCCCGGGCGUCUUCUCGGCCGUGGCCCGGCGCCUCGCCCGCGGCUCGGUCAGCGACUGCAGCGACGCCACCUCAGCCACCUCGGAGCUGGAGGAGCCGCUGAGCGAGGAGGGGCGCCGGGGCGGGGGGCCGGGCGAGGGGGGCGGCUUCCGCGGGCCCCCCCUGCCCACCCACCCCCGGCUGGCCCACGACAGCCUCUUCCGCGCCUACCCCCGGCCCCGCGGGCCCGAGCCCCUCAGCCCCUUCCCGGUGUCCCCCAUGGCCGGCCCUGGAGCCCUGCUGCCCCCCCAGCUCUCGCCCGCCCUGCCCCUCACCCCCACCCACAUGAACUACACCCCCUCGCCCACCCUGAGCCCCAUGUACCCCGGCGGCUCCCACUUCUCCUUCAACCCCGAGGACAUGAAGCGCUACCUGCAGGCCCACACCCAGAGCGUCUACAAUUACCACCUCAGCCCCCGGGCGUUCCUCCACUACCCCCACAUCCUCGUGCCCCAGCCCCAGCGCCCCGAGAAGCCGCCCCCACCCGAGGAGCCCCCCGCCCCCUUCAAGUUCAAGCUGCAGCCUCCCCCGCUGGGCCGGCGGAACCGGGACAAGGCCCCGGCGCCCCCCGGCGAAGGGGCCGCCCCGGAGCCCCGGCUGCCCUGCAUCAAGGUGGAGCCCAUCUCGGAGGGGGAGUCGGAGGAGGAGGAGGUGACGGUGGAGGUGACGGACGUCAGCGAGGAAGACGAGGAGGUGUUCAAGGCUCCCCCCGCCCCGCCUGGGGAGCCCCCGGCCCCCCGGCCGUGCGAGGAGAGCGGCCAGUGCAUCCCCCUCAAGCUGCGCUUCAAGCGGCGCUGGAGUGAGGACCAGCGGCUGGAGGCGGGCGGGGGGGGCGGCCCCGACGAGGCGGAUGACAAGAAGGUGAAGGGGGAGCGGGAGGGCGCCCUGGCCGGGGGAGGGCGGCGCGUCAGCACCGACCUGCCCCACGCCACGGCCCAGCUCUCGCUGGAGAACAAGGACUCGUAGAGCCGGUGCCGGCGCCCCCGGGGGGGGCUGGGGGCUGUCUUCUGCCUUAACUCAGAGAUUUUAACCCUUCUCUGGGCCGCCGCCUCUCCGGGACCCUGUACGUUGAAAUGGGGUAGGGGGCGCUCAGCCAUUUUUACUUCAAUAUACAUAUAUAUAUAUUUUUGGGGGGAUGAUUUUAAAUCUGGGGGCAGCUUUCCUUUCAGGGUCUCUGGUUUUUAAAGAGGGGGUGACCCCGGGAAUUUAUAUCACGUAGAAUUUUUUUUAACCUUUUCCCACCCCCGAAUCCUCUCGUUUAUAUCCAGUCGCUGCCUUGUUGGAGGGGGUGUUCAUCUUAAG